AUUCACGCGCCGGUGCGCGCACCGGUGACGACACGACCGUUGCGCGCACCGAACCGCCCGGACGUCGUCGCCCGGAUUCACGGGGGCUUUGUUUGUUUUCCAGGCGUCUGAAACGCCGUGCGAACGACCCGACCGACCGGUCUCACUCGCUCCGCGUCCGCCGCCGGUCGUCCGCGCGACGUUUUUCCUCUUCCGGGCGCGCACCGCUGCGCGGUACGGUCCGCCGGCCGAAUAUCGCACCCGUCUAAUCAAUUCCGUGCCAGCCCACCGCACCGCUCCGCUCCUCGGAGCCGAGACCUGGGAGACUGAUACCGCGGCGAUCGGUAGUUUAGUAUGAGACUCAUACUAAUCGUGCUGCGACCGAGGGAUGCGUGAAAACUCAAUACUGCGAAUGAUCCAGUGACAGCUCGCGGACGUCGGUGAAUCCAGUGACGACGAGUCAUCCGGUCGUUCGAGACGCUCACGGUUUUCUUUUGCUCCUCUCCGGUUAGCUGCUGCGUUUUUCGUCGUUUCCGCCGUUUCAUCGUCUCGCCGUCGCCGUUUUCGUCGUCGUCGAUCACUCAGCAUCGGUAUGAACUCCGCCCCGCCGUAGUGGUCAUGCGUCGCGUCGCCACCAGGUACGCUAUCCUAACACUGUUUCUGUCCCUCGUCAUCAGGUGUUGUCGGGCGUCUCCACCGGCCCGUGUAGCUGACGACACGAUUUGUACGAGAUAGACGGAUCGUGCACGCAUUACCUACCCUUAUUGUUUCUGUCGUGUUUACACACACCGUAUCGGCCGGAACGCUGUCGUCGACUAGAUCUCUCAUCGCUACAACAAUGGAUUUGCGCAACAUUUUUUGAGGAUAACGUUCAAUAUUUAUCUGCAUUAUGGCUACCGCAAAUGAAAAUUCAAUAAACGCUGAAAGUUCUCAAAAUGAAGCCAAAGGACAUCAGAAUAGUGAUAAAGAUACUGUAAAGAAAACUCCAAAAAUGGAGUUAAGUAAGUCUGAUCUAUUAAAGCUUUUAAGCUAUUUAGAAGGUGAACUCCAAGCAAGAGAUAUCGUUAUUGCAACUUUAAAGUGUGAAAAAGUAAAAUUUAUGUUAAAAAAUAGAGUUAGUGAUCGUGUUGUUAAAGAUCCACUAGCAGCUUUACAACGUGAUUGCUUUGCUACCUUUGAAACAAAUAAUGAUAGUCUUUCAUAUCAACAAUUAGGCUCGCUUGAAAAUCUUGUAUUACAGCAAAGAAAAACUCAUUUGAGGAUUGCCAAUGUCUUAAAAGAUAAUCAAGUGAUGCAUCGUAAGAUAUUAGAUCUGGAGCGAUUAAAAAAACAACAGUUACAGUUUGAAUAUAAGAAGUUGAACAAUACUUAUGAAGAAGAACGAUUAAAACACAAACAAAUUGUGUUGUUUUUACUUGCUGAGAGAAAAAAAAUUGUAAUGAAAUAUAUUGAAGAAAGAAAACGUUCUGAAGAUCUUGGACAAAUAUUAAGUGAAGAAAAAACUAAAAUUGAUUCAAUGGCUGAAGGACUAGAAGAAGAAAGUAAAAAGUCAUUACAGAUGGAAGCAGAAUUAGAAAAACAAUUGGCUUUAUUUGAUUCGGAAAGCAAAAAAAUGAUGGCAGCUUUAAGUUCAGAAGAAAAAAAAGCAAGUGUUUUAGAAGCAGAAUUGGCAAAAUGUCAAAGUGAGAUAAUAUCAUUAGAAAAAGAACUAAGUGAAGCACUUCAAAGUAAUUUGCUGGAGCUUUCCAGUAAAUCUCCAGGCAUUAGAAUGAUGUCCUCUCCUAGUGAUCCAAUAACCAGUAGUGUUGCAAAAGUGGUUCAACCUACAGCAACUGCGUCAAGUGUUCGAGUUUCUGGUCCAAUGACUGGAAUUGCUCGAUCAGUAAAUCCUGGUCAAAGUUUGCGUUGUUUGAAACCAAUAAGUGGUAAAACUAAUGAUAUACAGGUAGAUAAACCUCAAGAUGAUGAAGAUUGUUCUACACCUUUAGACACUAUUAAAAAACACCCUAUCUCUUUUGGACGUAGUAUGCAAUCAGAAUCUGGAUCAACUAGUACUGUCAAAAAAUCAUUGUUUGGUAUUCAACGUAACAUGUCGGUUCCCAAUACAGCCGAAAGCAAUAUUCCUGGAUUAAUUAAAAAACAAAUUUCAUCUGUGGGACGUGGGACACCACCUCCAGUUCCUCCUAAUAAGCCUAUUAUACCACCAAAAAAGGAUCUAAUAUCAUUCAUUAAAAAGACGCCAGUUGCUGAUAGUGCUGCUUCUACUUCUACUGCUGAAAAAGACUCUCAACUUAGGCAUAAUAAUUUGUUGCCUAAUGAGAUUGUUUCUGUAGAUAAAUCAGACGAAGAGGUAAAAAAUUAGACUCCAAAAAUUUAUAACAUUAUCAGCCCAGCGAAUUAAACCUUGUAUAAAAAUCAUAUUUUUAUGCAUGCGUUCGCUUGACAAGACUUAAAUUGUAUUCUCAAAAUAGAUAAGUAGUAAAUUUUAGUAGAUAAUAGUAAGUUUAUAUUAAUCAUAUUUUACUGUUAAAUACUUCAUACUAAAUGUAACAAAUAAUCAUUUGAGAUUGAUUUUAUUUCAUGAUUGAGUUAUUACGAUAGUUUUACUUUAAUUGUACUUAACUAAUUUAAUAUAACAAAAUGAUUUCUUGCAUACUAAAUAUCAAAAAGUUCCUAGACCGUGCAUCUAAUAUAACUUGGUAUUUAAGGCAAGCUUUAAAAUUUAAUAAUAUUCUAAAACUUAUGGUUGAUAAAAUAAUGUAAGAAUAAUGUCUUGCAUUUUAUAAUUGUUAUCAAGGUAUGUAGUAAACUGCUCAUAUUCUGUUAACUUGAUUUUAUGUUGUACAAUUAUGAAAAUAAUUAGUCUUAAAUUUUAAGGAGGUAUGUUUUUUAAAAACGAAAUACUAUACAUUUUAUAUUUAACAUAUUAAAUUAAAUUCAUUAAAUAACAUAAUUGUUAUUGUAUUAAAGGUUUUGACUUAAAAACCUUGGACAAGUUACCAUAAAAAUGAAUUAUAAAAUUACAUCUUUAAAUUAUCUUCCAAAUAAUAUUAUGACAUAGUUAUAUUAUAAUCAUAGACCAGCUCUGUGAAUUUAAAUCUGAUCAGUGAUUUGGUGGUAAUAUUAACUAAAACCAAGUAUCAUUAUGACAAUAUUUAUAUCUAACUGUUUGGGCACUACCACAAUGGUAUCUCAGACUUAAUCAUACCUUUUAUAUCAACUCAUAACACGUAAUGUUACUUAUAUAAUUUAUAUAAAUAGGGUAUGAAAUAUGAGUAUGAGGUCUAUAAUUAUAAUACAUACUUUAAUCUCAAUUGUACAUAAAAAUAUAUGUAUAGAAUAAUUUUUUUUAGCCUUGUUUAGAAACUUAUUUUUUUUUUUUUAUUGCUUUAUAGAUUGUCAAUGUAAAAUUUAAUCAUUUAUUAGCAGCUUAAUAUAAACCAUUUUUCAUA